AUGGAGGUGAUUGAUUUUUCGGAGACGGAGAUGGAAGCAGCGGAGCAGCUAGUGCAAUUGAGCGAAGAAGAUACGUUGAGCUGUAGCAGCGGUACAGGCUUGAGCGUUAGCGGUUGUGAAGGCGGAGGAGGCAAUACGAAGAGACACAACGAUGUUAUUAGUGAUGAGGUGCAAAACGACGGCGUUGUACGUAUGAUGAAUAACAAUGCUACAGACGCUCGACGUUUUGCGAAGGCAAUCACGGAGACGAACAUAAUAAGGAGGAGGUAUAAGAAGAAAAAGUUUCGGUCUCUUGCGAGUCUUUACAGGGCAACGAAGGAGAUGACGACGGACGAGUUGAUCUAG